AUGUCUCCAAUUCAGGUUGCGCAGACCUCAUCGCCUCUCUUUAGGCUCCCGGCCGAGAUCCGCUUUGCCAUAUACGACCUUCUGGACCUUCCGCCCAUCGACAAUGAACAAUGCCGCGGACUGAUCCUUUCGUGUCGGCAAGCAAAGCACGAGUGCGAACGAGUGUCGAUCCGCAUGACAAAAGCGUGGCUGCUGGCUUACAAGCAGGACGUCCUCUCACAGAGCGAGCUAGGAGUGCGCAUUCUGCUCCCUAUCAUAACACGAACACCUGUCGGAAUGCAUUCCAAGUUUCACACCUUGCAAAAUCUGACACUGGUAGUCCCUGGUCACAGAAUCCAUGAUUGCGGCUAUCAGGACCCAAAAUUCUUCGAAAGCCUCCGACCUUUGAACGCUAUCUUCAGCUUGUGGCUAGACAGCUUGACCUUGCACUUCUCGGGCUCAUUGAGAAGCGGCCCAGGACACAGGAUGUAUAUGCACAUCGGCAAGAGCUUUAGACGCCUGUUCUUCGUUCUAGAAAGUGGCCUUACGUAUGCGCACGAUCCUGUCGGUCAGAAGGACAACCUCAAGCUCAACAAAUACGGUUCCUUGGUAAAGCACUGGCGGCCACAACCAGCUUUCAUCAAGAAGCUAGUGGUUUCAUGGGACUUGACCGAGGAGGGUUUGCGUAGCGAAGACCUGGUAGCAGUAGAUGGCCACUGCAGAAAGCGUGCAACAGCGGCUUGUCCCGGAUUGCGAAGGUACCGCGUCGUCAGCGAAGAUGGACUCCUUGGGUCAGAGUCGAGAGAGUCAUUUUGUCGCUUCCGCCCCUCGGACCUCGAACAUCGUAUGGCGGGCCCAGAUAGCGAGCACAAAAAGAAAUGUCUCAAGUGUGGGUAUCACGGUUGGGACUACCGUCGCUAUAUCCGAGGGUUGCCAGUGGAUGAUGGCGAACGUUGGCUUUGA